ACCGGACCCGGCCAGGCGGACAUGGAGCGACAGAACGGCUGCAUGCGGCCGAGAGGCUCCUCGCUGGAAGAGCAGAAGAAGACGAAGAAGAAGAUGAGCAACGACAGAGUAACUCUGAAGAAGGAGAUUGGGCUGCUGAGCGCCUGCACCAUCAUCAUAGGAAACAUCAUUGGCUCGGGCAUCUUCAUCUCUCCUAAAGGGGUCCUGGAGCACUCGGGAUCUGUGGGUUUGGCUUUGGUGGUCUGGGUCCUGGGUGGCUGCAUUGCUGCAUUGGGCUCUCUGUGCUAUGCUGAACUUGGGGUCACCAUCCCAAAGUCUGGAGGCGACUACUCAUAUGUCACGGAGAUCUUCGGUGGGCUGAUGGGGUUUCUGCUGUUGUGGAGUGCUGUCCUCAUCAUGUACCCAACAACGCUGGCUGUCAUUGCACUCACGUUCUCCAGCUAUGUCCUGCAGCCUGUCUUCCCCAACUGUGUUCCUCCGUACAUGGCCACAAGAAUGCUGUCUGCAACAUGUCUCUUGUUGCUCACGUGGGUGAACUGCUCCAGUGUCAGGAUGGCUACCAGGAUACAGGAUGUCUUCACUGUGGGGAAGCUGAUGGCUCUCGGACUCAUCAUUGUUGUUGGCCUGGUUCAGAUUUGGAACGGACACUACGAGGCUCUGGCUCCUCAGGUCGCUUUCUCCAUGGAGUCGACUCCAUCAGUCGGUCAGAUCGCUCUGGCGUUCCUUCAGGCCUCCUUUGCUUUCAGUGGCUGGAACUUCCUCAACUAUGUGACGGAAGAAGUGGUGGAUCCCAGACGGAAUCUCCCUCGCGCCAUCUACAUCUCCAUCCCAUUGGUGACGUUUGUGUAUACGCUCACCAACAUCGCCUACUUCUCAUCCAUGUCGCCGGAGGAGCUGCUUUCCUCCAAUGCAGUUGCUGUAACAUUCGGGGAGAAGCUCUUGGGAAUGUUUUCUGUCAUUAUGCCGAUCUCCGUGGCCUUGUCCACCUUCGGAGGGAUUAAUGGCUACUUGUUCACCUCCUCCAGAUUAUGUUUCUCAGGAGCCCGUGAAGGUCACCUUCCGAGUCUGCUGGCCAUGAUCCACCUCAAGAAGUGCACGCCGAUACCGGCCCUGCUGGUCUGCUGUUCUGCCACCGUCGUCAUUCUCUGCAUUGGAGAAACACACAACUUGAUAAACUACGUCUCGUUCAUCAACUACCUGUCGUAUGGUGUCACCAUCGCCGGACUGCUCUACUACCGCUGGAAAAAGCCCAACCUGUACCGACCCAUUAAAGUGAGCCUGCUGGUGCCGGUGUGCUACCUGAUGUUCUGGGCUCUGUUGUUGGGCUUCAGUCUCCACUCUGAGCCAGUGGUUUGCGGUGUCGGGCUGGUCAUCAUGCUCACUGGUGUACCCGUCUACUUUCUGGGUGUUCAUUGGAAAGAUAAACCAAAGUGCAUCUACAAUUUUAUUGAAAAAGCAACCUUUGUGGGUCAGAGGUUGUGCUACGUGGUUUUUCCUCAGAUCGAUCCCAUUGAGGUUGCUCCUCCUCCAGAACGGACUGACAGAUCUUCAGGCAGAAGCAGUUUUUCUGCCGCCUCAUAAAACUCUUUAUUUUCAUGAAUAUUUUAACGUGGAUCCAGGAAAUCCAGAUGUCCGCUUCAGAGAUACCCGUUGGGAAUUCUCUUAUUUUCUACAAAGUUGUCAAAGUACUGUGAAAACUACUUUAAACUCUAUUGUUUCCUCUUAUGGACCUUGGGAUAGCUUGAUGGAUGAGGGACUUUGCUGCAAAAGAAAGGAAAAAUUCUGAAUGUUACAGAUUUUUUUGUGUGCCUUGAGGUCUUUUUUUUUUUUACACCAAGUCAAAUGCAAGUCUACAACUUUUAAUCACAAUGAAAAUGGCGACUAACAAGUUUUUGUCUCAUUCUUGACUUAUAUUGAACUGUUCUUUCGUUUUAAGAAAAGUAUAUCAUUUUGCCAUUCAUCUUGAUUUUUUUUUAAUAUUAAAGAAGUGUGUUUUACUCAUGUCAGUAAUGAUGCUUGAUAUUACUCAAAUUACCAAAAUUCCCUUACAUAAACCUCAUUAUAUUGGCGCUCUUAUUAAAGGAGAAGUUGUGAACUACAUGAUGUGUACUUAAGACAUUUAUUCACUGUGAAAGCUUAACAACCCCAUACAUGUGCUUUAUGUCAUUUAUUCAGCAAAGGUAAAGGCUGGGUUGAAACCUCCCUUUCAGGUAACAUUUACUUCAAUUCAAUGUUGUUGUUCAAUGUUUUGCUGCGUUUAUGACGAUGAAUUCACGCAAGUCUUGCAAUGUUUAUCAGCGAUGGCUGAUAAAUGAUAAACUGAUAAAUGUAAAGGUUUGUUUGAAUUACUGGACAUUAAUAUAUAAUUAUAUUGAAUAACAAUUAUUAUAUAUCCAGUGAUAAUGAUAUUGAAUAUAAAAUAUUCAAUAUACUUAUCAAUAUAUUUUUUUGUGACAACCAUGAUGGUAAAUUUGUCUUAUUAAUCUAUUUUGCCAAUUCGAUAACCACUGUUUUGUCACCGUUUACUUGGAUCACAUCACAUCAUAUUAUUCAUGUUUCUUAUCUACUGGCUCAGACAUUUCCUGCUAUACACCUCACAGCAAUCCGCCAUACUGUACAUACUUUACUUGAGAACGUAAGUCAUGAAAAUGAAAUAAGCUAAAAGACACACAAUUAUUGCCUGGGGAGGUUUGUGGUAUUAUAUUUUUGUUAUCCUCGUGAUCUGUACUGUGCAUAUUUGUUUUAAGAACUUGGAAACGCCCUUCUUCUCAACUUUUUUAUGAGAACAAGUUCACGUCUGCCUUUUUUGAAACCUGUUUUUAAUUGACUUCCAGCAAAGUAAACAAUUAAAUUGAAGGUACUCUUUAAAUGAGACCUGAUUAAAGUAACUAAACAUAAAUAUAUUUUUAUUUUGUGUAUUAUUUAUAUAGAUUAAUAGAGUCUCCUUUUUUCUCACUGUGAAAAUAAAGCUGGCUCAUUUAUGAGAAAAACUAAAUCUGUCAACCCAACAGUUGUAAAUUGAAUUACUUUGUGAAUCGUGUUUUAACGUUUUACUAAUGUGUGUUAUGUUUGUAAACGGAUUCCUGUCCUUAUA